AUCCCCGUAUCCAAGGAGACUGGUUGUCGAAAUAUUCUCAUCACUUCUGCUUUGCCCUAUGUGAACAAUGUGCCCCAUCUGGGCAACAUGAUUGGGUCCACGUUGAGUGCGAGUACAUUCGCCUCGUACUGUCAGAUUGCCGGGCACAAUGUGCUGUCUAUUUGUGGCACUGAUGAGUACGGCACAGCGACCGAGGCGAAAGCGAUGUCCGAGCAAUUGACUCCACGCCAGAUUUGUGACAAAUAUCACCAAUUGCAUUGUGAAAUCUAUCGUUGGUUCAAUAUCGAAUUCGAUUAUUUCGGACGUACUACAACGGAAAAGCAUACAGAAAUUGUGCAAGAACUAUUCACCAUGCUGUGGAACAAUGGGUUCAUUUCCGAGGACGUGGUAGAACAAUUGUUUUGUGAGCACUGUGCCAAAUUUCUGGCUGAUCGAUUUGUUGAAGGUAUCUGCCCAUUCUGCAAAUAUGAUGAUGCUCGCGGGGAUCAGUGCGAUAAAUGUGGUCGUCUGAUGAACGCGGUCGAAUUGCGUCAACCCAGAUGCAAAACAUGCACCCACUCCCCAAUUGUUCGGUCGUCGAAACAUUUGUUCUUGGAUCUGCCCAAGGUGUUCUACGUCUGGUUCGAUGCACCCCUCGGAUACCUGUCCAUCACAGCCAACUACACGCCGGACUGGCGUCGCUGGUGGCUCCCAACCGCAGCCGAACGUGACCAACAAGCCCCGGUCGAGUUGUAUCAGUUUAUGGCCAAAGACAAUGUACCAUUCCAUGCGAUCAUCUUCCCAGCAUGUCUAUUGGCGGCACAACAAGGUCACACGUUAGUAAAACAUUUGUUAUCCACCGAAUAUAUGAACUACGAGGGUACGAAGUUCUCAAAAAGUCGCGGUAUCGGUGUGUUUGGUGAUGGUGCAAUGCGUUCGGGGAUUGCGUCCAAUAUUUGGCGAUUCUAUCUGCUCUAUCGACGUCCGGAAUCCCAAGAUAGCGCGUUCUCGUGGGACGAUUUUGUUCUGGUGAAUAAUAGUGAGUUGCUCAAUAAUCUGGGCAAUUUUGUGAACCGUGCGUUGGCAUUUGUGGCUCGAUUCUACAAUUCUCUCAUUCCGGACAUGACAGUGUUGGAAUCCAGUGACACGGAAUUUUUGGCCCAGGUCAAUCAGCUGAUCGAGACGUAUAUAGGUCACAUGGAGGCGUGUCGUUUGCGCGAAGGAUUGCGACAAAUUUUAGCCAUCUCUCGUCUGGGCAACGGGUAUUUCCAAGUGAACCAACCUUGGGUUGCGUACAAAAAAGAGGAGACUAAACCUCGUGCUGGUGUCGUGAUCGGUGUGGCCGCCAAUGUGGCUGCUCUAUUGGGUUUACUGCUCCAACCAUUUAUGCCCGCGGUGACCAAACAGAUCUGGUGUGAACAGUGCAACCUACCCGAGGACCGCCUGAGUUUGGUGCCCAUUAUGCGCCAAUCCUGCCGUUUAUAUCAAAUCCUACCAGCCGGGCAUCAUAUUGGCAAG